AUGGAUGCCCGCUUUAUCCCCACCUUAACCCCCACGCUCCCUCCUCCUUCAGCCACAUGCUGUAAGGCCGCCUCUGUCGCCGCCCCUCCACCACCCUCUCCCACCCCCUCCUCCACCUCCUCUGGCUCCAACCCAUCCAUCUCAUGGUCCUCCUCAUCAUCCCCCCCUUUCCCACCGCCAUGCGUCUCGGGUCCCACCCGGCCUCAGUGUUCGACAUCUUGCUCAUGUCUACCCGCACCAUCCCUCACUCACUCUCCCCCCGCACCACCCCUCACUCACUCUCCCCCCACACCAUCCCUCACUCACUCUCCCCCCACACCAUCCCUCACUCACUCUCCCCCCACACCAUCCCUCACUCACUCUCCCCCCACACCAUCCCUCACUCACUCUCCCCCCACACCACCCCUCACUCACUCUCCCCCCACACCACCCCUCACUCACUCUCCCCCCACACCAUCCCUCACUCACUCUCCCCCCACACCAUCCCUCACUCACUCUCCCCCCACACCGUCCCUCACUCACUCUCCCCCCACACCGUCCCUCACUCACUCUCCCCCCACACCAUCCCUCACUCACUCUCCCCCCACACCACCCCUCACUCACUCUCCCCCCACACCAUCCCUCACUCACUCUCCCCCCACACCAUCCCUCACUCACUCUCCCCCCACACCAUCCCUCACUCAAUCUCCCCCCACACCACCCCUCACUCACUCUCCCCCCACACCACCCCUAACUCACUCCCCCCCCCACACCAUCCCUCACUCACUCUCCCCCCACACCAUCCCUCACUCACUCUCCCCCCCACACCAUCCCUCACUACCUCUCCCCCCACACCAUCCCUCACUCACUCUCCCCCACACCAUCCCUCACUCACUCUCCCCCCACACCGUCCCUCACUCACUCUCCCCCCACACCGUCCCUCACUCACUCUCCCCCCACACCACCCCUCACUCACUCUCCCCCCACACCAUCCCUCACUCACUCUCCCCCCACACCAUCCCUCACUCACUCUCCCCUCACACCACCCCUCACUCACUCUCCCCCCACACCAUCCCUCACUCACUCUCCCCCCACACCAUCCCUCACUCACUCUCCCCCCACACCAUCCCUCACUCACUCUCCCCCCACACCACCCCUCACUCACUCUCCCCCCGCACCACCCCUCACUCACUCUCCCCCCGCACCAUCCCUCACUCACUCUCCCCCCGCACCAUCCCUCACUCACUCUCCCCCCACACCAUCCCUCACUCACUCUUCCCCCACACCAUCCCUCACUCACUCUCCCCCCACACCACCCCUCACUCACUCUCCCCCCACACCAUCCCUCACUCACUCUCCCCCCACACCAUCCCUCACUCACUCUCCCCCCACACCAUCCCUCGCUCACUCUCCCCCCACACCAUCCCUCACUCACUCUCCCCCCGCACCACCCCUCACUCACUCUCCCCCCGCACCAUCCCUCACUCACUCUCCCCCUGCACCAUCCCUCACUCACUCUCCCCCCGCACCAUCCCUCACUCACUCUCCCCCCGCACCAUCCCUCACUCACUCUCCCCCCACACCAUCCCUCACUCACUCUCCCCCCACACCACCCCUCACUCACUCUCCCCCCACACCAUCCCUCACUCACUCUCCCCCCACACCAUCCCUCACUCACUCUCCCCCCAUACCAUCCCUCACUCACUCUCCCCCCACACCAUCCUUCAGUCACUCUCCCCCCACACCACCCCUCACUCACUCUCCCCCCACACCACCCCUCACUCACUCUCCCCCCACACCAUCCCUCACUCACUCUCCCCCCACAACAUCCCGCACUCCCACUCCCCCCACACCACCCCUCACUCACUCUCCCCCCACACCAUCCCUCACUCACUCUCCCCCCACACCAUCCCUCACUCACUCUCCCCCCACACCAUCCCUCACUCACUCUCCCCCCACACCAUCCCUCACUCACUCUCCCCCCACACCAUCCCUCACUCACUCUCCCCCCACACCGUCCCUCACUCACUCUCCCCCCACACCGUCCCUCACUCACUCUCCCCCCACACCGUCCCUCACUCACUCUCCCCCCACACCACCCCUCACUCACUCUCCCCCCACACCAUCCCUCACUCACUCUCCCCCCACACCAUCCCUCACUCACUCUCCCCCCACACCAUCCCUCACUCACUCUCCCCCCACACCAUCCCUCACUCCCUCUCCCCCCACACCACCCCUCACUCACUCUCCCCCCACACCAUCCCUCACUCACUCUCCCCCCACACCACCCCUCACUCACUCUCCCCCCACACCAUCCCUCACUCUCCCCCCACACCAUCCCUCUCUCACUCUCCUCCCACACCAUCCCUCACUCACUCUCCCCCCACACCAUCCCUCACUCACUCUCCCCCCACACCCAUCCCUCACUCACUCUCCCCCCACACCAUCCCUCACUCACUCUCCCCCCACACCACCCCUCACUCACUCUCCCCCCACACCAUCCCUCACUCACUCUCCCACCACACCAUCCUUCACUCACUCUCCCCCCACACCAUCCCUCACUCACUCUCCCCCGACACCACCCCUCACUCACUCUCCCCCCACACCAUCCCUCACUCACUCUCCCCCCACACCAUCCCUCACUCACUCUCCCCCCACACCAUCCCUCACUCACUCUCCCCCCCACACCAUCCCUCACUCACUCUCCCCCCACACCAUCCCUCACUCACUCUCCCCCCACACCACCCCUCACUCACUCUCCCCCCACACCAUCCCUCACUCACUCUCCCCCCACACCAUCCCUCACUCACUCUCCCCCCACACCAUCCCUCACUCACUCUCCCCCCACACCAUCCCUCACUCACUCUCCCCCCACACCAUCCCUCACUCCCUCUCCCCCCACACCAUCCCUCACUCACUCUCCCCCCACACCAUCCCUCACUCACUCUCCCCCCACACCAUCCCUCACUCACUCUCCCCCCACACCAUCCCUCACUCCCUCUCCCCCCACACCACCCCUCACUCACUCUCCCCCACACCAUCCCUCACUCCCUCUCCCCCCACACCAUCCCUCACUCACUCUCCCCCCACACCAUCCCUCACUCACUCUCCCCCCACACCAUCCCUCACUCACUCUCCCCCCACACCAUCCCUCACUCACUCUCCCCCCACACCAUCCCUCACUCACUCUCCCCCCACACCAUCCCUCACUCACUCUCCCCCCACACCAUCCCUCACUCGCUCUCCCCCCACACCACCCCUCACUCACUCUCCUCCCUCCACACCAUCCCUCACUCACUCUCCCCCCGCACCAUCCCUCACUCACUCUUCCCCCACACCAUGCCUCACUCACUCUCCCCCCACACCAUCCCUCACUCACUCCCCCCCCACACCAUCCCUCACUCACUCUCCCCCCACACCAUCCCUCACUCACUCUCCCCCCACACCAUCCCUCACUCACUCUCCCCCCACACCAUCCCUCACUCACUCUCCCCCCACACCAUCCCUCACUCACUCUCCCCCCACACCAUCCCUCACUCGCUCUCCCCCCACACCACCCCUCACUCACUCUCCUCCCUCCACACCAUCCCUCACUCACUCUCCCCCCGCACCAUCCCUCACUCACUCUUCCCCCACACCAUGCCUCACUCACUCUCCCCCCGCACCAUCCCUCACUCACUCUUCCCCCACACCAUCCCUCACUCACUCUCCCCCCCACACCACCCCUCACUCACUCUCCCCCCACACCACCCCUCACUCACUCUCCCCCCACACCACCCCUCACUCACUCUCCCCCCACACCACCCCUCACUCACUCUCCCCCCACACCAUCCCUCACUCACUCUCCCCCCACACCAUCCCUCACGCACUCUCCCCCCACACCAUCCCUCACUCACUCUCCCCCCACACCACCCCUCACUCACUCUCCCCCCACACCACCCCUCACUCACUCUCCCCCCACACCACCCCUCACUCACUCUCCCCCCACACCACCCCUCACUCACUCUCCCCCCACACCACCCCUCACUCACUCUCCCCCCACACCAUCCCUCACUCACUCUCCCCCCACACCAUCCCUCACGCACUCUCCCCCCACACCAUCCCUCACUCACUCUCCCCCCACACACCACCCCUCACUCACUCUCCCCCCACACCACCCCUCACUCACUCUCCCCCCACACCAUCCCUCACUCACUCUCCCCCCACACCAUCCCUCACUCACUCUCCCACUCCCUCACUCACUCUCCCCCCACACCAUUCCUCACUCACUCUCCCCCGGCACCAUCCCUCACUCACUCUCCCCCCGCACCAUCCCUCACUCACUCUUCCCCCACACCAUCCCUCACUCACUCUCCCCCCGCACCAUCCCUCACUCACUCUCCCCCCACACCAUCCCUCACUCACUCUCCCCCCACACCAUCCCUCACUCACUCUCCCCCCCACACCAUCCCUCACUCACUCUCCCCCCACACCAUCCCUCACUCACUCUCCCCCCACACCAUCCCUCACUCACUCUCCCCCGGCACCAUCCCUCACUCACUCUCCCCCCACACCAUCCCACACUCACUCUCCUCCCUCCACACCACCCCUCACUCACUCUCCCCCCACACCACCCCUCACUCACUCUCCCCCCACACCAUCCCUCACUCACUCUCCCCCCGCACCAUCCCUCACUCACUCUCCCCCCACACCAUCCCUCACUCACUCUCCCCCCACACCAUCCCUCACUCACUCUCCCCCCACACCACCCCUCACUCACUCUCCCCCCACACCACCCCUCACUCACUCUCCCCCCACACCAUCCCUCACUCACUCUCCCCCCGCACCACCCCUCACUCACUCUCCCCCCGCACCACCCCUCACUCACUCUCCCCCCGCACCACCCCUCACUCACUCUCCCCCCGCACCAUCCCUCACUCACUCUCCCCCCACACCAUCCCUCCCUCACUCUCCCCCCACACCAUCCCUCACUCACUCUUCCCCCACACCAUCCCUCACUCACUCUCCCCCCACACCACCCCUCACUCACUCUCACCCCACACCACCCCUCACUCACUCUCCCCCCACACCACCCCUCACUCACUCUCCCCCCACACCACCCCUCACUCACUCUCCCCCCACACCAUCCCUCACUCACUCUCCCUCCACACCAUCCCUCACUCACUCUCCCCCCACACCAUCCCUCACUCACUCUCCCCCCACACCACCCAUCACUCACUCUCCCCCCACACCACCCCUCACUCACUCUCCCCCCCACACCAUCCCUCACUCACUCUCCCCCCACACCAUCCCUCACUCACUCUCCCCCCACACCAUCCCUCACUCACUCUCCCCCCGCACCAUCCCUCACUCACUCUCCCCCCACACCACCCAUCACUCACUCUCCCCCCACACCAUCCCUCACUCACUCUCCCCCCACACCAUCCCUCACUCACUCUCCCCCCGCACCAUCCCUCACUCACUCUUCCCCCACACCAUCCCUCACUCACUCUCCCCCCGCACCAUCCCUCACUCACUCUCCCCCCACACCAUCCCUCACUCACUCUCCCCCCACACCAUCCCUCACUCACUCUCCCCCCGCACCAUCCCUCACUCACUCUCCCCCCCGCACCAUCCCUCACUCACUCUCCCCCCACACCACCCCUCACGCACUCUCCCCCCACACCACCCCUCACUCACUCUCUCCCCACACCACCCCUCACUCACUCUCCCCCCACACCAUCCCUCACUCACUCUCCCCCCACACCAUCCCUCACUCACUCUCCUCCCACACCACCCCUCACUCACUCUCCCCCCACACCAUCCCUCACUCACUCUCCCCCCACACCACCCCUCACUCACUCUCCCCCCACACCAUCUCUCACUCACUCUCCCCCCACACCAUCCCUCACUCACUCUCCCCCCACACCAUCCCUCACUCCCUCUCCCCCCACACCACCCCUCACUCACUCUCCCCCCACACCAUCCCUCACUCACUCUCCCCCCACACCAUCCCUCACUCCCUCUCCCCCCACACCAUCCCUCACUCACUCUCCCCCCACACCAUCCCUCACUCACUCUCCCCCCCACACCAUCCCUCACUCACUCUCCCCCCACACCAUCCCUCACUCACUCUCCCCCCACACCAUCCCUCACUCACUCUCCCCCCACACCAUCCCUCACUCACUCUCCUCCCACACCACCCCUCACUCACUCUCCCCCCACACCAUCCCUCACUCACUCUCCCCCCACACCAUCCCUCACUCACUCUCCCCCCACACCAUCCCUCACUCACUCUCCCCCCACACCAUCCCUCACUCACUCUCCCCCCACACCAUCCCUCACUCACUCUCCCCCCACACCAUCCCUCACUCACUCUCCCCCCACACCAUCCCUCACUCACUCUCCCCCCACACCAUCCCUCACUCACUCUCCUUCCACACCACCCCUCACUCACUCUCCCCCCACACCAUCCCUCACUCACUCUCCCCCCACACCAUCCCUCACGCACUCUCCCCCCACACCAUCCCUCACUCACUCUCCCCCCACACCACCCCUCACUCACUCUCCCCCCACACCAUCCCUCACUCACUCUCCCCCCACACCAUCCCUCACUCACUCUCCCCCCACACCAUCCCUCACUCACUCUCCCCCCACACCAUCCCUCACUCACUCUCCCCCCACACCAUCCCUCACUCACUCUCCCCCCACACCAUCCCUCACUCACUCUCCCCCCACACCAUCCCUCACUCACUCUCCCCCCGCACCAUCCCUCACUCCCUCUCCCCCCACACCAUCCCUCACUCACUCUCCCCCCACACCAUCCCUCACUCACUCUCCCCCCACACCAUCCCUCACUCACUCUCCCCCCACUCCACCCCUCACUCCCUCUCCCCCCACACCAUCCCUCACUCACUCUCCCCCCACACCAUCCCUCACUCACUCUCCCCCCCACACCAUCCCUCACUCACUCUCCCCCCACACCAUCCCUCACUCACUCUCCCCCCACACCAUCCCUCACUCACUCUCCCCCCACACCAUCCCUCACUCACUCUCCCCCCACACCACCCCUCACUCACUCUCCCCCCACACCACCCCUCACUCACUCUCCUCCCACACCACCCCUCACUCACUCUCCCCCCACACCACCCCUCACUCACUCUCCCCCCACACCAUCCCUCACUCACUCUCCCCCCACACCAUCCCUCACUCACUCUCCCCCCACACCACCCCUCACUCACUCUCCCCCCACACCACCCCUCACUCACUCUCCCCCCCACACCAUCCCUCACUCACUCUCCCCCCACACCACCCCUCACUCACUCUCCCCCCACACCAUCCCUCACUCCCUCUCCCCCCACACCACCCCUCACUCACUCUCCCCCCACACCAUCCCUCACUCACUCUCCCCCCACACCACCCCUCACUCACUCUCCCCCCACACCACCCCUCACUCACUCUCCCCCCACACCAUCCCUCACUCACUCUCCCCCCACACCACCCCUCACUCACUCUCCCCCCACACCACCCCUCACUCACUCUCCCCCCACACCAUCCCUCACUCACUCUCCCCCCACACCAUCCCUCACUCACUCUCCCCCCACACCAUCCCUCACUCACUCUCCCCCCACACCAUCCCUCACUCCCUCUCCCCCCACACCACCCCUCACUCACUCUCCCCCCACACCAUCCCUCACUCACUCUCCCCCCACACCACCCCUCACUCACUCUCCCCCGGCACCAUCCCUCACUCACUCUCCCCCCACACCAUCCCUCACUCACUCUCCUCCCUCCACACCACCCCUCACUCACUCUCCCCCCACACCACCCCUCACUCACUCUCCCCUCACACCAUCCCUCACUCACUCUCCCCCCACACCAUCCCUCACUCACUCUCCCCCCACACCAUCCCUCACUCACUCUCCCCCCACACCAUCCCUCACUCACUCUCCCCCCACACCACCCCUCACUCACUCUCCCCCCACACCACCCCUCACUCACUCUCCCCCCACACCAUCCCUCACUCACUCUCCCCCCACACCAUCCCUCACUCACUCUCCCCCCGCACCACCCCUCACUCACUCUCCCCCCGCACCACCCCUCACUCACUCUCCCCCCGCACCAUCCCUCACUCACUCUCCCCCCGCACCAUCCCUCACUCACUCUCCCCCCGCACCAUCCCUCACUCACUCUUCCCCCACACCAUCCCUCACUCACUCUCCCCCCACACCAUCCCUCACUCACUCUCCCCCCGCACCAUCCCUCACUCACUCUCCCCCCACACCACCCCUCACUCACUCUCCCCCCACACCACCCCUCACUCACUCUCCCCCCACACCAUCCCUCACUCACUCUCCCCCCACACCAUCCCUCACUCACUCUCCCCCCGCACCACCCCUCACUCACUCUCCCCCCACACCACCCCUCACUCACUCUCCCCCCGCACCAUCCCUCACUCACUCUCCCCCCGCACCAUCCCUCACUCACUCUCCCCCCACACCACCCCUCACUCACUCUCCCCCUACACCAUCCCUCACUCACUCUCCCCCCACACCAUCCCUCACUCGCUCUCCCCCCACACCACCCCUCACUCGCUCUCCCCCCACACCACCCCUCACUCGCUCUCUCCCCACACCACCCCUCACUCGCUCUCCCCCCACACCACCCCUCACUCGCUCUCCCCCCACACCACCCCUCACUCGCUCUCUCCCCAUACCACCCCUCACUCACUCUCCCCCCACACCACCCCUCACUCACUCUCCCCCCACACCAUCCCUCACUCACUCUCCCCCCACACCAUCCCUCACACACUCACUCUCCCCCCACACCACCCCUCACUCACUCUCCCCCCACACCAUCCCUCACUCACUCUCCCCCCACACCAUCCCUCACUCACUCUCCUCCCACACCAUCCCUCACUCACUCUCCCCCCACACCAUCCCUCACUCACUCUCCCCCCACACCAUCCCUCACUCACUCUCCCCCCACACCACCCCUCACUCACUCUCUCCCCACACCAUCCCUCACUCACUCUCCCCCCACACCAUCCUUCACUCACUCUCCCCCCACUCCACCCCUCACUCACUCUCCCCCCACACCAUCCCUCACUCACUCUCCCCCCACACCAUCCCUCACUCACUCUCCCCCCACACCACCCCUCACUCACUCUCCCCCCACACCAUCCCUCACUCACUCUCCCACCACACCAUCCUUCACUCACUCUCCCCCCACACCAUCCCUCACUCACUCUCCCCCGACACCACCCCUCACUCACUCUCCCCCCACACCAUCCCUCACUCACUCUCCCCCCACACCAUCCCUCACUCACUCUCCCCCCACACCAUCCCUCACUCACUCUCCCCCCACACCAUCCCUCACUCACUCUCCCCCCACACCAUCCCUCACUCACUCUCCCCCCACACCAUCCCUCACUCACUCUCCCCCCACACCAUCCCUCACUCACUCUCCCCCCACACCAUCCCUCACUCACUCUCCCCCCACACCAUCCCUCACUCACUCUCCUCCCACACCACCCCUCACUCACUCUCCCCCCACACCAUCCCUCACUCACUCUCCCCCCACACCAUCCCUCACGCACUCUCCCCCCACACCAUCCCUCACUCACUCUCCCCCCACACCACCCCUCACUCACUCUCCCCCCACACCAUCCCUCACUCACUCUCCCCCCACACCAUCCCUCACUCACUCUCCCCCCACACCAUCCCUCACUCCCUCUCCCCCCACACCACCCCUCACUCACUCUCCCCCCACACCAUCCCUCACUCAGUCUCCCCCCACACCAUCCCUCACUCACUCUCCCCCCACACCAUCCCUCACUCACUCUCCCCCCACACCAUCCCUCACUCACUCUCCCCCCACACCAUCCCUCACUCACUCUCCCCCCACACCAUCCCUCACUCACUCUCCCCCCACACCAUCCCUCACUCACUCUCCCCCCACACCAUCCCUCACUCACUCUCCUCCCACACCACCCCUCACUCACUCUCCCCCCACACCAUCCCUCACUCACUCUCCCCCCACACCAUCCCUCACGCACUCUCCCCCCACACCAUCCCUCACUCACUCUCCCCCCACACCACCCCUCACUCACUCUCCCCCCACACCAUCCCUCACUCACUCUCCCCCCACACCAUCCCUCACUCACUCUCCCCCCACACCAUCCCUCACUCACUCUCCCCCCACACCAUCCCUCACUCACUCUCCCCCCACACCACCCCUCACUCACUCUCCCCCCACACCACCCCUCACUCACUCUCCCCCCACACCAUCCCUCACUCACUCUCCCCCCACACCAUCCCUCACUCCCUCUCCCCCCACACCACCCCUCACUCACUCUCCCCCCACACCAUCCCUCACUCAGUCUCCCCCCACACCAUCCCUCACUCACUCUCCCCCCACACCAUCCCUCACUCACUCUCCCCCCCACACCAUCCCUCACUCACUCUCCCCCCACACCAUCCCUCACUCACUCUCCCCCCACACCAUCCCUCACUCACUCUCCCCCCACACCAUCCCUCACUCACUCUCCCCCCACACCAUCCCUCACUCACUCUCCCCCCACACCACCCCUCACUCACUCUCCCCCCACACCAUCCCUCACUCACUCUCCCCCCACACCAUCCCUCACGCACUCUCCCCCCACACCAUCCCUCACUCACUCUCCCCCCACACCACCCCUCACUCACUCUCCCCCCCACACCACCCCUCACUCACUCUCCCCCCACACCACCCCUCACUCACUCUCCCCCCACACCGUCACUCACUCUCCCCCCACACCAUCCCUCACUCACUCUCCCACCACACCAUCCCUCACUCACUCUCCCCCCACACCAUCCCUCUCCUUCAUACCUCACACCCCCUGCACCCCUCUGCAUCCCUCCGUAA